AUGGAGACCUUGAAGUCCCGACCGAGUGGUUGCAGAUUCGGUGCAUCCUGCAAAUUCUCGCAUUCCACCCUACUGCCGACUGCACCUCAUAAUGUGGAAGGCCAAGCCGGAGACACACAAGCAUCGACCAGGGGACAGAGAAAUAACGAUGAUUUCCAUCAUUGGCGGAGGUUACUCUCAAGGGCCUCGGCGGGAGGUAACCCCAACAUCCCGCAGGUCUUCCAGACUGCACAGAGCCUGAUCCAGGGCGACAUGGACACGCUUCAGAAGGCGGUUGCCGAGCUGGCUACAGAUAAAGGUGGCUCAGUUAUACGUAAAAUGAUUGAUGAGCAUAUUCCGUCUUGCGGUUCGGACCAAGGGCGGUUUAUCCUCUGGCGCACUUGCGUUAAGCCCUUUUUUCUGAUCCUCACGGACCCGCGGGUAGUUCGCUCAGCCAUUCUUGAAAUGCAUCUUGGUACCAUCUACAACGUCGUUUUUGGCUUCAACGCCUCCCGGCUUACGACCCUCUUCGGGUUCCUAGGCGACCUAGCUACGAAAUGGGAGGGGCGUCGCAUCGACCCCGACGAUGAAUCGAUGGGCGAAUUCUUGGAGAAAUGCGCCGCAGUAUUGGCCAAGUUAGUUGACUGCAAUACCAGCGCCCUCGUCAACGAUGAUAUCCCGCCAGUUGUGGCUCAACUACGUCAACGUGUCGACAAUCUCACAAUGAGCCACCUGGAGCAUAUAUACAGACGUCUCGGCGUGGUCCAAGGGCUACGCCAGCAGCCGAAUUUUGUCUUGGGUCGAGACUUUCCAGGGGCCUUGUCGAUCGCGGGCCCACGUCAUGAUAAUGACUCCGACGACAUAACGAAGAUCCAAAUCCUGCCGACAAUGUCGGAGAUCAUGUCGGUCCGCGCGGAUUACCGGCCGCUUAGCGAUCCAUCUACGUUGCACUUACCGGGAAUCAGAGGAUUGAUCGACCGUCACUUUCGGCUUCUUCGGGAGGACAUGGUCGGCCAGUUGAAAGAGGCGAUCUGCGAACAGCUGAGUGUUAGUGAACACCCAGAGACUAAGAAUAAUGUCGAGAGGCCAAACAGCGCCCGAACCAACGCCUAUACCGUUGUGGGAAUCGUCGAUAUUAGGCAUACGUUCCAAGCCGGGCUCGAUAUCCAUCUGAAGAUAGAGCAGCCAUCACCCACCAGGGGACUGUCGGCUCGCUUACGCAAGGAAUGGUGGAACUGGUCGAAGCGUCUGGAAAUUGGAGCACUUGUUUGUCUCCUAGAAAAGGGGACUGCUAUUUUUUGUGUUGUGUCCCAGUCAACCGUAAGACCGAACUCAAACCGGCGGAAUAACAACGAGAACGAAGACGAAGUUGCCGACCUCUUUAGCCAUCAGGAUUUUGCCUACGUGAAUUUGAAUCUGGCUGAGCCAAACGAGACGGACCUUACGGCAAUAGCUUUGGCCUUUCACUCACAACCUACAGGACGGACCCUCCUAGAGUUCCCUGGCAUCCUGCUACCAUCGUUCAAGCCCACUUUAUCUGCACUUCAGCAGAUUUAUACGAGCCUGGAGCUCCCGUUUGUUGACCUUCUCGCCCCGAGUUCUACUUCCCCCGGUCCGACCAACGUCCCGUUGCCGUUGUACGCAACGAAGCCAGGGUUCGUCUUCGAUUUGACGAGUCUUGAUACUUCAAACAACGGCAGGUUUUUAUUUUCACCUCAAAAUAAGCCCAAUCCUCUAGAGCUCUGUCGUCGGUCUAGUUUAGACGAGGGCCAGGCAAGAGCCCUUCUGAACGCCCUUACAAGGAGCCUGGCACUGAUUCAAGGGCCACCUGGUACCGGGAAAAGCUACACAGGCGAGGCCAUCAUCAAAGUUCUUCUUGGGAGCGCCAGUAGGACUACGCUCGGCCCUAUUCUAUGCGUUUGCUAUACCAACCACGCCUUGGAUCAACUCCUCGAGAACCUUUGGAAAGGCGGAGUGAAGCAGAUCAUCCGGAUCGGCGCCGGGUCGAAAUCGGAAAUACUUCAGGAUCUAAACCUGCGCGAAGUGCGCAAGACUUCCGAGCGUACCAAAGCAGAGAAGCAACACGUAUGGAGGUAUCAUAAUGAAUUGGAUUCAGUUGAAGAAGAAGUGGAAGACUACUUGUUGAAGCUAAAGACGGCAACGACUACCUCAAGGCUCAAGGAAUAUUUAAAGGAGCACGAAACACAAUUUCACGACACGAUUUUCGGCGAAGAGGACAGCGAUUGGCAAGUGGCUGGAUCCAACAAUGCGCAGCGCCGACUUCACAAAUGGAUCUUCGGUGGUCAUCGGUCUGAACGCCCAGUGAGGCAUAGAGCUGCAUUGAGAGCAUGCAAUCCACUCACGCUUAAUCGAGCAGAGCGAAUCCUGCUCGUGGACAUCUGGAAGCGAGAGAUGAUCGGGGAUGUGAUAGAGGAACUUAUUUCGCUCCAGGGCGACUAUCAGGAAGCUAAGAAGAACCAUGAAAUUGCAUUACGCGAGGUUGAUCUUCGCGUUCUCCAAGAGGCUCAAGUCAUUGGUGUUACAACGAGUGGCCUAGCCAAGAAUCGAGACUGUCUCCAGAAGCUUGGCGUGAAGGUUCUGCUUUGCGAAGAGGCGGGAGAAGUCCUAGAGAGCCAUAUCCUAACGGCAUUGCUUCCAUCGGUCGAGCAUACCAUCCUGAUUGGGGACCAUCUCCAAUUGCGUCCCCAGGUCUCAAACUACGAACUCUCUGCGGCCAAUCCCAAUGGUCCACAGUAUUCGUUAGAUGUAUCGCUCUUUGAGAGGCUUGUCCAGCCUGCUCGAUCGUCAGAUCGAAGAAUCCCAUUUGACAUACUUAACGUACAGAGGAGAAUGCACCCAUCGAUUUCCAGGCUGAUCAGAGAUACUCUAUACCCAUCCCUCAAGGACGUCGCCAAAGUUGGUGAUUACCCCGAGGUUGUUGGCAUGAAGAGACGACUGUUCUGGUUCGACCACGCUAAACCUGAAGAACAGCAAAAUCAUAGAGACGCCGUCAGCAAAUCCAGAACCAACGACUUUGAGGUGGGGAUGACCUGCGCCCUUGUCUCCCAUCUUGUUCGCCAGGGCACGUACGCGAGCGAGGAUAUAGCUAUUAUAACGCCAUACCUAGGCCAGUUGCAAAAAUUGAGAAAGAGACUCAAGGAAUCGUUCGAAGUUGCCGUUAAUGACAGGGACCUCGAUGAUCUGCAAAAAGAAGGUCUGGAGAGCACAACCGAAGUUCGUAAACAGAACCUCGAGCACUGUGUACGAAUUGCUACCGUCGACAACUUCCAGGGCGAGGAAGCCAAGGUAAUUGUUAUCUCUCUCGUUCGGAGCAAUCAGGCGCGUCAAUGCGGCUUCUUGAGGACCACAAAUCGUAUAAACGUUCUGCUCUCGCGCGCGAAGCACGGCAUGUACAUACUCGGCAACUCGGCGACCUACGGGACCGUCGACAUGUGGUCCCAGGUAAUCGACAUAUUGAAGGAGAACGGGAACCACGGCACCAAGUUGCAGCUACAGUGCCCGAGACACAAAGACACGCCGAUCGAGGUGCGGGAACUCGAAGACUUCGCCAGGCUGUCUCCAGAGGGGGGAUGCGGCCUCCCAUGUUUCAGAAGACUCGACUGUGGGCAUACGUGCCCUAGCAAGUGUCAUUCGGAACCCUUGCACAAGGCAGUCAAAUGUCUAAAGCCCUGCCAACGGCAGCAAAAGGGGUGCCAUCAUGCCUGCCCUAAGCUCUGCGGAGAGAAGUGUGGAGAGAAAUGUUUGACCGUGCUCAAGGGUCAGACACUUGUCUUGCCUUGCCAGCACGUGCUGAAGUCCCCCAAGUGCUGGCAGAAGCAGAAACCAGACCAGGUCCUGUGUUCCGAGACCACGGAGAAGGUCGUCCCAGGGUGCAACCACCGCGUACAAGUUGCCUGUCACAAGGAUGUUACCAAGAACAAGUUCAUUUGCCCGGCCACCUGUGGGACGCCUCUCCCAUGCGGACACGCAUGCAAAUACGGCUGCAGCAGCUGCCGAAUCCGGGAGGAUGGUAAGGUCAAAGAGGAGGCGCAUCGACAAUGCAAGUCUACGUGCGGACGGAACUACAGCUCUUGCCGACACGCGUGCCCCCUCCGAUGCCACCAGGACGAGGAUUGCCCGCAGUGCGAGAUGCCGUGCGAGAUCCAAUGCUGCCACUCCAAAUGCUCCAAGAAGUGCUCCGAGCCCUGCACCCCUUGCGCGAUGCCCGUAUGCGCAUCCGCAUGUCCACACAGCCAAUGUACUAUGCCUUGCGCGGCACCUUGCGACUGGAUUCCUUGCUCCAGGCGGUGCGCGAAUGUCCUCCCCUGUGGUCAUCAAUGUCCGUCGCUCUGCGGGGAGCCCUGCGUAGACGUGAAAUACUGCCAAGUUUGCGCCUCUGACGAGAUCAAGGGCAUCGUUGUUGACAUGUUGGAGUUGCGUGAGUACCGUGACAUCGACCUCGACCUCGAGCCAUGCAUCUUCCCUACCUGCGGCCACAUGAUGGUCGUGUCGAGCAUGGACGGCCAGCUGGGCAUGUCGGAGCAUUACGAGACCGACGAGGACGGCACCAUCCUGGCCGUCAAGGCUUCGUCUGCCGCGCCGUUCUCCGACACCGAGGUCAAGAGCUGUCCCAACUGCAGAGGCAGCCUACGCAACAUCUCGCGGUACGGGCGGAUUGUUCGCCAGGCCCUGCUGGACGAGUCCACCAAGAAGCUCAUCAGCUGGUCCCACUCGCGGUCGGUAGCCUUCGAGCAGCGCCUCAUCGAUGAGCAGGAGCGGCUCAAGCAGGCAAAGAAGCCCGAGCGGCUCGUCCGGUCCCCGGUAGAAGGAGGCAACUUCGAAGUCGGCGGCACGGAGUCGAACCAACUGCUCGCUUUCCACGUAUGGACCGGCAACAGCCGGUACACGUCGAUGUUUCAUCUGUACAACGAGAUGACGGCGUAUCUGCAGAACGUGCGGGUCGAGGAGCAGCCGUACCAGCGGGUCCACGACCUGGUGCAGUACGCGCGGCGGGCGGGGGAGACGACGGGCGACUUCGCGGUCGACCCGUCGAAGGUCCAGGUGCGCGGGCAGCUGCUCGCGGAGGCGAUGCGGUUCUCGUGCUACCUGGCGGUGCUGGGGGACUUCCUGCGGCUGUGGCGGGAGGCGGCGGAGCCGGGGGCGGCGCUGGCGAUCGACGUGGGGGAGGCGGCGGAGAGCUGCGCGGGGACGAUCGCGCUGGCGCGGGGCGCGAACUACGCACGGCAGGAGGCGGAGGCGUGCCUCGCGUACGCGCAGCUGGUGGCGCUGGUGCGGCAGGCGGGGGCCGGCGACGUGGCGGCGCACGCGCCGCGGGCGGAGCGGCACCUGGCGCGGGCGGAGGUGCUGGUGGCGCGCCACGCGUCGGCGGCGAGCCUGCGCGGGCCGCUGCAGGCCGCGCAGAUCGCGAUCCGCGACGGCGCUUUCUACGUCGAGGUGUCGGCGGCCGAGCGCCGCGCCGUCUACGAGGCUAUGGCCCGCGAGUUCUCCGGCACCGGCCACUGGUACCGCUGCGCGCGCGGCCACCCCUUCACCGUCGGCGAGUGCGGCCUGCCCAUGGUGCAGAUCCGCUGCCCCGACUGCGACGCGCCCAUCGGCGGCACGAACCACACGCUCGCCGGCGGCGUCCAGCACGACCAGGAGAUGGAUUUGCUCGGCGCUGAGGCCGCGAGACUACGCAUCGUCUGA